GAGCGGCUAUCCGCAGCGGACGUGCAGGACUCCGUAGCGCAGCGGGGAAUCAAGUCAGGAGAGUUGAUACAUACUCCUACCACUACUACUAACUACUGCGCACUAAGCCAAAGUCCUUCCGUAAUUUGCGGAUUCCCCGUGCUGAACAUACACCGCCUCUUUAUGAUAUCUGCGCUUGCAUCCUUGCGAUAAUAUCCCAUAGCUAUUGUGGUUUCCCCACGUUUCCUGUCUCCUCAAACAACACGUUCGAGCAAACCCCGGGAUCUUUUUGAUUUACUAGGAAUACCCCUCAAUUAGGCAGCUAUGGCGGAUGAAGGUGCAUCUCCCCGUGAGCUGGUCGUCGAGGCCUGUCGCCGAGACCAGCCUCAUCUGAUUGAACAAGUACUAGAGGGCAUGGAAGGGAGUUCGAACGAACAAGUGGCCGAGUUCUUCAACGGCGUCACAGACUCAAUGGGGAACCAUGCUCUCCAUAUCUGUGCUGCAUAUGGCAGCUAUGAUACAAUGGAUUCUCUCUUCGAUAUUCAAUACUUUGAAUGUGACCCUCUCACACGCCUCGAUAAAGAUACCCCCCUUCAUACUGCUGUACGCUACGCCAACGAAAAGGACCCCGAACUGGGUUUGGAGAUGAUCAAGAUGAUGUGUGACGCUGGUUGUGACCCGCGGGUCAGGAAUAAGCAUGGUCAAAAGCCCGCGGACCUUGUUUACAAUAACCAGGAGAUUAAGUCGACUCUUCAGCAAACAGAGUACGUCCUUGCAGAGGGUCUGAGAGAUGAUGCGGGCAACGGCUCUGUUCAUGACAGUGCCAGUGAUAGCGAGUAAAUAAGCGAAGGCCACUGAUAGCGCCCCUGCCUUUCUUGAUAGACGUACGACUGAUGAUAUACUACUCUUACUUCACAUAUGGUUCAAUAGAUUGAUCAGACAAUACAUACCACAGGCUAAUUGGACAGCAUGUAUGAUGGAAAGAUAGUGACUUUUCCUGGACUCUAUCCCAAUUUUGUCAAUCUGAACCCGUGGGCCUGACGUCCAGUGUUAGACUAAUAUAGAAGCGAUUUGCCGGCUGAUUAAUUUCCGGAAUUUAAUGCAUCAUCGGUGAGAAGGGCAUAUUAAUCCUGGCAAUUGCUGGAGUUUUCAAUAGCCACAAAAUCGUCGAUAAUAGAGCUAGUUGUUGCUAGCGCUUAUCAGUUGAUGCGUAUGUUGAGC